AUGGCCACUGUUGCCACCCUUCCCCUUCUCUCGGUGUCACCUCAUUCAGCAUCAGAAACUGCCACAGACAGUGAAGAGGAAAGUGAGGAUGACCUUGAGCAUCUGUCAAAUCCUCUGGCCAACAUGAAUAACAGCAACAAUAAUGAAGAGAAAAAGAAGAAGGAGAACCAGGAAAAAGAGGCAAAAGAAAAAGAGAAGGAACUAGAAAAAGAGAAAGAGAAAGAGAAAGAGAAAGAAAAGGAAAAGGAAAAAGAAAAGGAGAAAGAGAAGGAGAAAGCGAAAGAAAAAGAAAAGGAUAAAGAUAAGCCUAAAGAAUUAUUUGUCAUUAAUCCCGCUGGGAAUUUGUAUUACAACUGGCUGUUUGUCAUUACAAUACCAGUCAUGUACAACUGGACCAUGAUAAUAGCCAGGGCUUGCUUUGAGGAACUACAACACGACUACAUCAUCUACUGGUUCUUUUUGGACUACACGUCUGAUCUGAUCUACCUGGCUGAUAUAUUCAUCAGGGCCAGAACAGGCUACCUUGAGCAGGGCUUGAUGGUGAAAGAUGAGAAGCUGCUUUGGGAGCGCUACGUCUCUACCUUCCAGUUUCGUCUCGAUUUUGUCUCUAUGCUCCCAACCGAUGUCUUCUAUAUUCUCUUGGGCCUAGACUACCCUGAGAUUCGAAUUAACAAGCUGUUGAGAAUUGGCCGAAUGAUGGAGUUUUUCACAAGGACAGAGACUAAAACCAACUAUCCCAACAUCUUUCGCAUUGGAAACCUAAUUAUGUACAUCCUCAUCAUCAUCCACUGGAAUGCCUGUCUGUUUUUCUCUUUCUCCAAAGCUAUUGGUUUUGGCGCUGAUGACUGGGUCUACCCAGCUCUGGAUGAUCCCGAGCAGCCUGAUUUUGGACUGCCCAUGAGAAAAUAUUCCUUCAGUCUAUAUUGGUCCACAUUGACCUUGACCACCAUUGGGGAGACCCCACCACCAGCUCUUGACUCUGAAUUCCUCUUUCACGUGGUGGACUUUUUAGUUGGUGUCUUGAUCUUUGCCACAAUUGUGGGAAACAUUGCAACCAUGAUAUCCAACAUGAACGCGGCCCAAGCCCAGUUUCAGUCUCGCAUAGACAAUAUCAAGCACUACAUGCAGGCUCGAAAAGUUAGCAAGGAACUGGAGUUGCGUGUCAUCAAAUGGUUUGACUACCUAUGGAAUAACGGCAAGGCGCAGGAUGAGAGGGAGGUGCUGCGCUAUCUUCCGGACAAGCUGAAAGCAGAGAUAGCCAUCCAAGUCCACAUGGACACCCUGAAGAAGGUCCGCAUCUUUGCUGACUGUGAAGCUGGCCUGCUGAUCGAGCUUGUGCUCAAACUCCGACCACAGGUGUUCAGCCCCGGAGACUACAUCUGCAAGAAGGGGGACAUUGGCCGUGAAAUGUACAUCAUAAAAGACGGAAAACUUGCGGUUGUUGCUGACGACGGUGUGACACAGUUCGUUGUGCUCGGAAGUGGCAGCUAUUUUGGAGAGAUCAGCAUCCUUAAUAUUAAAGGCAGCAAAGCGGGUAACAGACGGACAGCCAACAUUCGCAGCAUCGGAUAUUCGGACCUGUUCUGCCUGUCCAAAGAUGACUUAAUGGAGUCACUGUUAGAGUAUCCAGAUGCCAAAGCCAUGCUGGAGGAGAAGGGCCGGCAGAUCCUACUGAAAGAUGGCCUGAUUGACUUGGACCCAGCCAACAUCAAGCCUGAGGCCAAAGAGCUGGAAGAGAAGGUCAACAAAUUAUACAGCAUGCUUGAUUUGAUGCAAACCAAGCUUAAGAAGAUACUGGGAAACUACAAGACUUCCGGCAAAGCUCUGAGAAAUCGCAUUAAAGAUCUGGAAUAUCUGACUGGAGAGGAAGUAGAAGAAGAGGAGGAGGAUGAAGAGGAAGUGAAAAAAGAAGAGACAGUGGUGGAAGAGGAGAAAAAAGAAGAUGAAAAGGCAGAAGGAGAGGGAGAGAAAACUGAAGGAGAAAAGGAAGAGGAGGCAGAGAAAGAUGAGGGAAAAGAUGGAGAGGAGCCAGAAACCGAUGAAGCGAAAGAUGCUAAGUAACAGGUGAAGGUGCAAAAGAAGAAAAGAAAACAGAAGAGAAAGACAAAAAAUAAAGCUUUGGUUCCUAUGAAAACAAGCCAUUCUUCUGUGUUUAGCUCACAUAGAUCCCCCCUCACAAGGAUAUCUUUCUUACUGGACUUGUUUCUUAAAUAAGUUCAGUUCCAUUAAAGUACCUAAAAAACACCGGCCAUCUCUUAUUUUGCUUACCUUUUUUUUUGUCACACACAGCUGAUUAGUUUGGUGUAUUGACUAUAGAUAACAAUGAAAGUAGUCUCUGUCAUUUAUUAGUUACAUUUGACUCUCACCACGGCUUUAGCCAUGUCUGUAUUUGAUAAACACACCAAAUAGGCACAACUCUGAUUAAAGAACUUGGAAAUGUA